AUGGCCUCAAUCGCACCUCCCCCGGCCCCCGCAUUGGCAGACUUGCCCCUCGAACAUCUCAGCCUUUACCAUGUCGCCGAUUCGUGUUUAUCGUCGAUCCUCGUGUUUUAUGGAGCUGUCUCCACUGCCAAUGCCACCGUCAGCAGCUCUCGCAUCCAAGCUCACAUAUUCACACCGGCCGGUUUCCAGAGCUAUCCUCGGAUAACAGUGUCGCCUGCUGCACCCGUGUAUGCAGCCGUCAACCAUCUACCCCGCGACAAGCAAGGCGACGAAGUGUGUCGCGGACUCGCGGUCAGUAUGUUGAGGUACUUUGCCGAGCUCUCUGAGCCGGUAAAGCACCGCUUGACAGGACUUGCGCGAAUUGGUCGUCCAGGAGGGAAGGUACCGAAGAUGUUCGAUGAAAUGCACGCGGCGGAUCUGGCCAACCGAAUGACGAAGGUGGAGGAUUCACUGGAGAUUAUUCAUGAUAUUCGAAGUGCAUACCAAGAGCGCCGAGUUCCGUGGAUUGAUAUCGAUGUGAUACUUCCCGCGGGAACUAUCCAAGCGCCCAGCCGACGUGAGAGCGAAUGUUCGGACCUUGAGAGCCAGAAUUCACAGUAUGGACCAUACACACCUCUCAUAGAGGCACUGGGUGAUCCUAUGUUCUUACCAACAUCUCGGCUGAAGCGCGCGCCUUCUCAGCCAACGAAUGUCAGCAAAUCUCGAUUGUUUGCAAGAAGCCAGAAAGAGGCUCUUCGCCUCACCAUGUGUGAGCUUGUGGACACAGAGGAGAGAUACGUUGCAAAGUUGUAUUCGCUUGUGCACGAAGUGGCCGAUGAGUUUUUACAAAAGGCCCAUGGUCGGGGGCCGUCCAGCAAUAGUCCCGAUGAAGAAGCCUUGGCAGCACUUUUCCCUCCAUGUCUGCAUGAAAUCCUGGAAGUAAACCUUGGCUUUCUCGAUGUCAUUCGACAAGUGCUUGAUGAAACAGAAAAGGAUGCCAUUUCAGACAUUGGACAGGACACAGAACUUCCAUCACGAGGCCUUCCGAGGGACAGAAGGGAUGCGCUCGGAGCUGUGGACUUUGCAAAAGCCCUUUUUGAGUGGCUCCCUCGAUUUUCACAGCCGUAUGGGGACUACAUGCGAGCGCAUACAGGCUUCACCCAAACAUUGAAUCUUUUCAUGAAAGACAAGAACUCCAGUUUCUCGAAAAGAGUCUAUGAGACCGGCGAGCAAAGGUUGCGGUCUUUGCUUAUGGAGCCAGUUCAACGACUACCUCGAUAUAGUUUGUUGAUUGACACCAUGACCAGCAAUUUACCCUUGGUUCACCCCGCUGUGCGAACUCUAUUGAAAGCCCGAGAUGUCGUUAAGGACAUAUGCGCGCUUGAAAAUGACUCGCCAUCAAGCCAUGCCCAAAGUCUUGACCGACUGAGAGAGCUUGUCGGUGGAUGGCGUGCCAAAACAUUCCCCGAAGGUCGGUUGAUCACUGCGGUGGACUUUAACGAAGCUACUCCUCCCUUUCAUCCGGCACAAAUGUCUGGCCACAGCGCUGGAAUUCUGCUUCUCUAUAAGAACUGCAUGGUUCUUUUGGCAAAGUCUGCCGAAAGUCGAGCAACGGCGCGUGGUGUGCUGGCAGAUAUUGACAAUGCGGCGUCGUCAACGUCUGACAUGCCUAUGUCACUUCCAUCAUCAGACCUUCAAGUCGUGCAAGUACUAGAGUUUCACAACGUGCGAUGUAUGCAAUCUCAAUGCGGCCGCAUUAUGUUCGUCUUGCCUGUAUCAUCCAAAUCCGCGAAACCCGAGGUAGCUGCAGGAACGGACUUGCUUGCAUUGGAGCUUGCCACAACCUACGAAGGAAAAGCAAGCAAAUUGAUCGAAGAGAUAUCCAAAGCCAAGAUCGAGGGUCGAUUUCCCGAGAGUGAAAGAGAAGGAGGAAAGUGGACGCUCCGAAGUCCUUCCACAGGGGCAGCCACGAACGUGGGAAUACUGGCUUGUGUUUGUGAAGAUGGCCAAACGGCUGCGCUAAAUCCAGUCCACCCAUCUCCGAUACGGGUUGUUUUUGAUACGCCGAAAACAACCUGUAGUCAGAUAUUAAAAACCUCUAGUCUGGAGGUUAUUAUAUCGAUAUCUCCACCCAACAGCGACCAGCAGUUUAGGUUAGAUAUCGACUCUGUGGUUGGCUCGGGAUCUGCGGAUUUGAUCACAAAGGACACCUUCAUACCGACCCUUGCAAGACGCCUUCAAUACUUGCUGUCCCCUUUGCGUAGCCCUCGAAAUCCGGUAUUGACCGAGCCGUUGGUUCGCUCUAACUUCGAAAUCCUUCGCUACCUAGCCAGCAGCUUGACUACGCAGGUGAAAUCCUCGCGGGGGUUCCGGCCACCUUCGCCGACCAAGCUGAUCUCGAACCUUCUUGGAGGUAGCCGUGAUAAUGCUUCCACCCCCAAAGGCCCAGGAUCAGCAACCUUGACUGGUGAAUUUCCAAAGAUGCCCCCGCCGAGAGGUACCCUCUCGAGAUCAAACACUUUGCCAUCGACGUUCCCAGGCAAAGACAAGGACAAAGAGAAGGAGAAGGAGAAGGAGAAGGAAAAAGAGAAAGAAGAGAACAACAACAAGAUUUCAGUAGUUGGCGCAUCAGCCUCCAACGGGUUGGACGUUCAGUUUGGGUUACUGGAACAAACAUUUGCAGCCUUUGUGCUUUCUCUACAGUCUCGGAGCGGAAAUAUCCUGGGCCGUAUGUUGCGUGUUCGAGACCACGUUGACCGGGCUCCGGUGAAUGAGCUUUACAACAUUUUGUUAGAAGACCCAAGCAAGAUUCAGGCUGCAGCGGAAGUGCCCGUUGAUACCUUGUUUGUCGCAUUCGAAACUUUCUUGGCAAAUGCCUGGAAUCAAAGCAUGGGCCCAAUAUUGAGCCCAUCUUCUCUGAAGUGGGUUCAGAGUCAGUUCGAUACUAUGAUACCACGCGACUUCGAUGAACAGUUCCGAAGAUUCUUGGCAGACAUGACGCCGCAGAAUAGACGAGCGCUCGGCGCGAUCAUUCGGUUACUCGCAGAGCUGCUUGAUGCAUCCGGGAAUGACGGCGAUCGAGGUGCUUUGACGAUGGCUUUUGCGGAGGUGCUAACGGAAGAUGGUGAUCCCAGUCACCAUGUUUCCUUAUUGGAUCGACUAGUGGAAGACUUUGACAAUCUCUUUGAGGACUUCAUCCCCGGUGGCACCUCAGUGGAAGGUACACUUACAUGCGGACAAUCAAAGAUCCAUAAUACUGGCUCAGUGGGCUCAAAUUCCUCAUCUUUCCGGAAACGAUUUGGAUUUGGGUCGUACAGGGACAACUCAAAGACCGAGGGCGAAGGAAAGGUAGCAUCCAUCUUACGAACGCUGAGCAAGAAGCAAAGUCCGGCAGGAUCAGAGCCCAACACACCCAAGGGAACCCUGACUCGUUCCAAGUCAACUGACGUGGAUGCCCGCCUUGGUUUCCUGAGACCCACUUCUCGCGAUCGUCCGUACGGGUUUGCUUCAGAGGAAACGAUCUCAAGGCCAGGAACCGGCCAAGAAAAGCCCCCGUCACUGUCGUCCUUCCGAGGUCUAUCUGAGGACCGCAUUCCAAGAACUCGCAGGAAGCGCAGAAGCUCAUUGUCUGAUCUCCGACCUCCAACAGCAUCCUCGGAUGCAUCUAGUAUAUCGCCAACUCAACAGCUUCGACCGACAACCCCUUCAAGUUACACACGAGGCGAGGUGACUACUCCUACCAAGCAAUCCAGACCCCAAAGCAGUUACAUCCCUAUCACUCCCAUGCGUGGCCAAUCCCCGAUGCGUGGCAAAUCGCCAAUGCGCUCUCAAUCUCCAGCGAAAUCCAACUCCCCUUCCCGACUGGGGUCACCCAUCCGUCGAUUGUCGCCCCCUCGCCCAUCUACGCCCAGCAGGAAAGAAAACAUCGAUCCUAGAACACCACAAACGGAGCGAACAACCAAGCUCAGGCGAGAUGAUUCGAGAUCUCCGGGCGAUGAAGCAAAGAGAGGACCACGCGCAUCUAGUAUCCCUCAGCGAACUCCUGGUCUUAGAGAGCGGCCACCCGCCAACGUAUCGGAGAACAGGCGGCCUCAGUCUUCAUCCUCCCCACAGAAGCCGCAUAAAUUGCGCAUGCAGAGUCCACAGAAGUUACGCGAGCGUGUUCAGAUUGAAAAGAAGACCCAGAACUCUACACAAUUGGGCCUGCGAGACGAGAUUGCAGCGAUCAGCGACGAACUGCGAUCUUUCAAACUCACACCCCCACGGGAACUCAGUCCAAUGGAUCUGAGUUUCAGUUUCGACCGGGAAGACACACACACUUCUUCUGCUGCUACAACGUCACUUGAAACUCGCAUGCGCGACCUCGAAGCCAGAUUCGAUACACUCACCGCAGAAUGCAAUGGUCGCACAUCCGCUAUCGAGCGAGAUUUGGAAUCCUCAUUGGUUCUGAGCGAGAAGCGCGUCAGGAAAUUGGAUGAGCUGUAUCGCGAGGCAAGUGCUGAAAACGAAGCUCUCUACGAUCGAUUCAAUACCGAACUCAGCAAGAUCGCAAAGGAAGUCAGAUCAGGACAUGCCGAAGACGCUUUGAAGUCCCAAUUGGCGAGCGCUUUGGAUGAAAUUGGCCGUAUCAAGAAGGAAAACUUCCGCUUGAAACGAGAGGUCGGAGGUCUUCGAGCCCAAUCGGCUGCCCAUGCACUGCUCAAAGCGAGCGAACAAUGA